GAAGUGAAGAUGGGGUUUGCAGGUUCCCAAAAGGAAAAGUGUGGGAAAAGGUGAAAAAGGGAAAGAAAAACAGAAAUAGAAGUUCAAUUUGGAAAGCGUUAUGUGGCAGUGUAGAACUCACUAGCUGCUGCCUGAUUCAGUGCUGCUGUAUGGGAGAACCCUUACCAACUUACAGAUAUUUUACUUCAACUUUUGUCUUCAUUUUUUUUCCCUUUCAUUAUUUACCCUUUUCACCCAAAUUAUUUCUGUUUCUUUUUCCACUUCAUAAUCUCACUUUAUUGGAUGCUAAUUGGGAUGUUUUAGUUUUACUUUACCCACUUGGGUCCUGAGAAUAGAGAAAUUUUCUGAUAGCAUCUUUAAUCAUAUCGCUUCUUUACAAAGCUUGUGUAGUAACAACGUCCUCGUCCAAACACUUGAUCAUUUGGGACACAAAGGUUUCCUAGCUAGGUGUGCCUUUCAACCGAUAGAAGUCUUUUCUCAUUACUCAUAGUUGUCUCAACCACCAUUGUUGGAUGAACAAGAAGUCAUAGCUCAAGAAACUAGGGAACUUUAAUUUUUGUUUUAUUUUUUUGGUUUCAAACAUGAAGAAAGUAGGUAUUGAGUGAGAGAUUAUAAUAAAGGAGACAAGUCAGUUCAGUCAUUCAGUAACAACUUAAAGUCAGAGAGUAGCACUUUCCCAAAACUAACCCAAACUAAAUCAAAUCCCAUUUCUCUCUUUUCUUUUUUACCCUUCAGUACUCUUUCCUUUGUUUAAUUUCUUCAUAUUUCUUCUCUCCAUUUCUCCAUUUUCUACUUAUGUCUCUUCCACAGGAAACAUCUUUCAAUCUUGUCCAUUGCCCUUCUUUUAUUUAUUUAUUAUUAAUAAUAAUGAUAACCCCAACAUUUAUUCAAUUAGAUAUUGGAUUGGAUUGACUGUGAAGGUAAAAAAAAACUUCCCUUUUUCACUUACACACAUCUCAUGAAGAUGGCUCUCCCUAUUUCUCUUUCAACUUCCCUCAAAUUGGCUCUCACUCUUGCUGCUUUCUUCUCAUUUCUUCCUCCUACAUCAGUUGGGUUGGUUUUGUCUAGAAGUGGGAGAUCAGAGGGAAAGGCUGAUAAUGAUGAAAUGAAAUUUUUGGAAGAUCAGAAAAUGGUGAUUGGUUCACGGCCUCCUGGAUGUCAGAACAAAUGCAUGAAUUGCAGGCCGUGCAUGGCUGCGGCGGUGGUGCCGGUGCACCGGAUGAAAGGGAAGGCCUUUCAAUCCUUUUCUUCAUCUAGAGAAGAAGAGGAUAGCUAUUAUCUUCUCUCAUGGAAAUGCCAAUGUGGGAAUAAGAUCUAUCAACCCUAGCUCCAUUUUCAUCAUUUUUUUCCCUUUCUUUUUUGAGUUAUCAAUCUUUGAUCUCUAGAUCAAGAACAUGUAUCUGAAUUAUUACAGCUUCAACUAUGCUUAGAUGAUUGCUAUUAAAAUUGUUUAUUUUUGGCAAUCGAAAAGUUUAUGUUGAACAUGUGUGAAAAUGUAUUACAAAUAUGUAUAUUUCCAUUUCAAUUAUUUCUCUUCUUUUGUGUUUGAUAAGAUACAAAUUAUUAUAUUAAAGGUUGAUCUAUAACCA